AUGAACCAAAUUAACCAAGGAUACAUCCUCAUCCUAUCAUCGUCCGGUAAAUUCCAGAAUAGGUGUGCCAUAUUCGUGAAGAGACCUUCUGUUGGAAACCGGUUGACAGCUGUUGGGAUUGGGGAUAAGCCCAAACCUGUAAGGCCGGAGGACAUUCAAAACCAUAUGGUUAAUCGUUUGCCGCCAUACCACAGCGCAUACAUUGUGGAUCUGUCUGUAUACCACGACUCCUUAACGUGCUCCCACCUGAUAUACACCCCGUUAAGAUUUGCCAUAGGAAAUGUUGAAGUUUUUGGGUGCAAGGAAUUUUCCAUGCUUGUGCCUGAAGACGACGCACGUCUGGACCAAACUGUAUCAUGUUGUCAGCAUCCAUAG